GCAUCAGAUUGGACGUGAGCUUUAGUUUCGUCCUGGAGGAACCGAGAGGUUUGGGUUUCUGCUGCCGUUUAGAAGCGACCGCAGUAUCAUCCUAUUGGGUAAAAUGAAGUGUCUUCUGGUGGCCAACGAGAGCGCAGAGGUUCUGUUCUACUGGACUGACACUGAGUUUGAGCAGCAGGUUCAGAAGCAGUAUGGAGUUUCCCAGGAAGAAGGAGAAGGACUACCUGCUUUUGAAGACAGCAUUAACACUCUCUUCGCACCCAUCAUCAUCUCCUGUAGCACCAUGGUGGACCGACUCAUGGACAAUUACACCUCCUUCAGCACAGAAAACAAUCAUAUCUAUGUUCUGCAUCAGUUUGAGGAAUGUCUCUACAUUGCUGUGAAUGGAGACGGAGAUGAGACCGAGGAGGAUUUAAAGAGAAAGAUCUAUGUGAUGAAGAAACUCACAGAAAUCAUGUUUGGCAUGGUGACUCUCAGCGGCGCCCUCUUGAGGAAAGAAUUGCGCCCUCAAGAUACGGAGCAAAGGAACCGGUUGUGGAAGAAGCUGCGAAGCCUCUUGGAAACAUACAGCCGCUUAAGAGAGAACGACCAAAGCUUUUUAGUGGAGGCGGUGGAAAGGUUGAUCCACCCGACCCUUUGUGAGCAGUGCAUCGAGUUUCUGGAGCGUCGACUGGUGCAGCAGAUCAACAGCAACAUGGACAGAGCGGGCGAGGAGGUGCUACACGCUUUCAUACUGGUGCAAACCAAAAUGCUGGCCUUCUACUCCAGUCGAAGUGCCAGCAGUCUAUCCACCUCUGAUCUUCUGGCUCUGAUCAUCCUGGUGCAGGAUCUCUAUCCCAGCAAAAUCGACCUAGAUGACACUCCUGAGGAGUUAGAGAACAGUUCAAUUCCAGAUGUGUUCUACACACCAGAGCCCUCUCCUCCUGAACGGGAAUCAGUCCGACCAAGAGGUGACAGUCCUCCUGUCUUCCAGUUUGUAGAUCCCGAUGUUCAGAUGGCCGAGGACAGUCUGCAAACUCUUGAAGUUCCAACCUCUGACCCUUCAGCCCCAUCCAGAGUAUUCCUGGAAGCCAAAGAGUGUCCCAUGAUGCCUCACUCCAUGUAUUGCCUAUCUCUCUGUCCCGGAAUAACACUCGUGCUGCUCACAAAGAUUCCCAACAGUCAUGUGGCAGUGUCUGCUUACUGCUUUCUGGAAACCUUUGUGAAGCUGGAGAAGAGGUUAUGUGAGGGGCAUGAAGGGGCCGCGGCCAUGCGGGGUCAGCCCUCUAUCCAGGAGCAGCGGAGCAAACUGGAGAAGUUCAUCAAAGCCUGGGCCAGCAUGGACAUUCAGACCUCCCAACUUCAAAAUGUGUGGACAGACUUUAAGAACAAGGCAUUCAGCAGAUCAGGAUCUGGAUUCACAAGGGAUUUGCUGCCCUCUUGUCGAAACAUGAAGACUCAGAUGUGUGGCGUGUACAGGCAGUUUUUUGCAACCGAGUGCAUGGGCAGCAGUCAGCGAUUGGCUCCUCAUCUGCAAGAGCGAGCUCUGAACAUGGUCCAAGAGAAGUUGAUGCACUGGAAGGAUUUUCUGCUGGUGAAAAGCAAAAGGAAUAUCACAAUGGUGUCAUACCUGGAAGAGUUUCCUGGUCUUAUCCACUUUAUCUAUGUGGAUCGUUCAGAUGGUCGGAUGAUUGCACCCUCCCUAAAUGUGACUGAUCACGCUGUCUCCGAGCUCGGAAAGGGGCCUCUAGCUGACUUCAUAAAGAGCAAGGUUUGGAGUCUUGUGGCAACAGCACAGCAGUACCUGCAAAAGGGUUACACCACCGUCACGCUCCGGGAUGGAGAUUAUUUCUACUGUUACUUCCUAUGGUUUGAAAAUGAAACGGGUUACAAACUGGAAGUCAUAGACAUACCCAGCUCCCCAGACAAUGGCGCUCCAGUAGGAAUGCUCACCUGUGAUUAUUACAGGAAACUGCUGCGGUAUUACAGCAAAAAACAUCAGAACGAAGUGUUGAAGUGUUAUGAACUGUUUACUGUGCAUCUGGGUGUGAUCCCCAGUGAAUAUAUUCUUCAGCACUGCAGUCAGCUGGCCCGUAAGCUGUGGGAGCCCUCCCGUAUCCCGCUUCUGUGACCAGCACGGUCCUCAGAGGAUUAUGGUCCAUGCAGCCGUGUUCACUUUAUUCUGUAGCUGCAUGAUCUGUAAUCUAUAUGGAGAGUUUUCUGAACUUUCUGCACAAGCACUUCUUAUUUCAGUUAAGGUGAUUGCAGAAAAUAUUGUGUCGGGGAAACCAAACAUU